GCGGGCAGGCCGGGGGAAGGGCCGGGCCCCGCCGCCGCGCUGGGCGAUGGAGUGAGGGAGCGCUACGCGGCAGCGGGAAGAUGGCCGGUGGCGGCGGCGGCGGCGGCUGCAGAGACAGCUUGUUUCUGGAAGCUUUGGAUAGAUCACAGUCCAAGAGAGAUGGAGGUUUUAAAAGUAAUUGGAGCUUUGAUCAUGCAGAAGAAAGUGAAGGAGAUGCAGAGAAAGACGAGGCAAAUCUGCUCAGUUUAGAUGACAGUGAUGGGCCUUUCAGUCCCAAUGAAGAAAAAAAGUCAAUUCGUUGUCGACCUGGAACUAUUGGCACCAGCAGCGAUGCCAUAAAAGCAUAUGCGAGGCGGGGAAAAGCUGGAGGUUUCAAACUUUUUAAAGGCAACGCAAUCGGCCUCAACAUGAUGGGAAAUAGCAAGAAACUGAGUGAAAACGCUCAGAAUAUAUCUGGUCCUGUAACUGUGGUACAUGGCAGACGUUUUCACCACGCACACGCACAAACAACCGUAGUAAAAACAGCAGCCCAAAGCAAUCUGGACCGAAAGGAAAGAAAAGAAUACCCACCUCAGCUUCAGAAAGUGGAGGCAGAUCACAUUAGAUUACCACGGUCUCAAGGAGUGGAUAGUGUAAUGGAGAAUACAGACGAGUCUGAAUCAGAAUCUGACAUUAAGAGAAAGGUGCGACAGAAAGGUCAUUGCAAUUCAUAUCAAUCUGACUUGAGUCUAUCUUCUGCUACAAAAAAAUGCCUAACUCAGUCAAAGCUUUUGGAACAGAUUGAUUAUUCUACUGAAUGCCCAAAUUGUGGGAGGGCAAAUGAAAAUCAGACCAAAUGCCGACAUUGUGAAAGUGCUUCUCUAAAGGAUUUACAAAGAGUCUCCAGACAAACUGUGACAUUAAGUGAAUCUGUGGGACCUUUAUCACGCUCUUCAAUACAUCAGAAUUCAGCAGGGCAAAAAUCUUCAGGUACAGGGUUCAGCACAAAGAAGUUUUAUAGUUCUGCUGUUGGAAAAGGUCCAGCGGAUCUUCUACUCAGUAAUGAGGUUGUAGGACAUUCGAUGUUACGACAGAAUGGAAAAGUUGGUCUUAUAACUGGGACAAAAAAUCCUAAAAUUACAGGAAGCUUAAGACAGAGGAGUACAAGACCAUCUGAACUAAAUGAUCCAAUUGUUUUGUCUAGUGAUGAUGAUGAGGACGAGAAUAGUGGCAGCACUAGGAGCAUGGAAAGCAUUUCACCUCGUCCUGCAGAUUCAGCCCGCUCCUCCCCAGCUCCUUCUACAGGAAAGGUGGAAGCAGCAUUAAAGGAGAACAGUUGUGGAAUAGAACAGAGAAUAGGUAGUAUAACAACAGAUACAGAAAUUGCAGUCACACUACCAAGAAAAGCAAGAAUGAAAGAUCAGUUUGGGAACAUUGUGUCUAACACUCCAAUAAAACGUCGCAAAGUUAUUUCUCAAGAGAUGGUAACUGAGGCAGUACCUCUAAAUUACCAAACUUCCUGUGAAAGUGUCAUUCUGAACUGCCGAAGCAUACGGAUAGGAAUGCUGCGCAGAAUGGUGGUGGAACCUGUGAUUUUUUGCCUGGAUUAUAUCAAAAUACGCCUAGAGAGUCAAGAAGAAUCAGAAAGUGAUAUCAGAGAGAUUAACCUGAAAACUUCAGAGCUUACUAAAUGUGAAUGGUGUAGUGUCCGAAAAUUGCCAGUAGUUUUUCUACAAACAGUACCUUCAACAUGUAGCAGUCUGAGAGAUCAAUUGAAAAUGAGUAAAGAUAAUGUCUGGUACGAAUGUAAAGGAGACAGUCAGGAAGAACAGUACAUAAUUUUGAUUUUUGAAACUGGCCUUGAUCCUCAUGCAAAUGCAAUAUUUGAAAAAAUAAUUAUGGACAUUGGUAUUAGAAAUAAUAUUUCUGACUUCUUCGUGAAAAUUUCAUUUGAAGAAGCCAAUGCCAGGCUUGUUGCAUUUACUAAGUGUUUGGAGGAGAAUUCCAAAGGAAGCCCAUCUCACAGAGAAAACAAAAUAAAAAAUGUUGCUUCUGAGUCCAAAAUGCAGCAGCGAAAUAAACAGUUACCGUUUUUUGAUGAUGAUGAAGAAAUUGGCGAACCACAUACAGUAUUUAUUGGUCCUAUAGAAAAGUUGAUAGUUUAUCCACCUUCUCCAGCUAAAGGUGGUAUUUCUGUGACCAACGAAGACCUCCAUUGUCUAAAUGAAGGAGAAUUUUUAAAUGAUGUUAUUAUUGAUUUUUAUUUAAAGUAUUUGGUACUUGAAAAGCUGAAAAAAGAAGAUGCUGAUAGAAUACAUGUGUUCAGUUCAUUCUUCUAUAAACGCCUUAAUCAAAGAGAAAGAAGAAAUAUGAAUGAAACUUCGAACCUUUCAAUACAACAAAAGCGACAUGGGCGAGUAAAAACGUGGACACGGCAUGUUGAUAUUUUUGAGAAAGAUUUCAUUUUUGUUCCCCUUAAUGAAGCCGCCCACUGGUUUUUAGCUGUUAUCUGUUUUCCUGGUUUAGAAAAACCCAAAUACGAACCAAAUCCCCAUUAUCAUGAAAAUGCUGCAAUGCCGAUGAAAUCUCCCUCUUCAGAUGGAGAGAGCAGCACACCAUCUCCUUUGCCAAAUGAAUUAGAUGCACAAAACUCACCUUCCAAAUCCACAGCAAAGAAGACGUUUACCAAAAAAUACAGUACAGCUUUAAUCGACCCAAACACUGAAACAGAGGACAGCGAAUCUUCGUGUUUUAGAAGAAGUCCUUGCAGGGGAAAAAGUGCUUUCAAAAAACUGAAUCAAAUAGACAGUGAUGUGGAAGAACCUAACACUGUGGAAUCAGCAUGCCAUAAACUAGACCAUAGAACACUGGAUGAAAAUGGUAUACAGGGUGAAUUCACAGCUGCUAGCCAAUCUAUGGAUGGAUUGCACAAAAUCAGACUAAACUAUAGUGAAGACUCAGCUGAUGGCAGUAAACUAAAUGAAGAUGAGCUUAUAGAUUUUUCUGAAGACCAAGAUAACCAGGAAGACAGUAGUGAUGAUGGUGGCCUUGUAGAUGAUAACUGUAAUUCAGAAAUGGGACAGUGGUACCUGAAGCCAACUAUCUGCAAACAGCCCUGCAUUUUGCUUAUGGACUCACUGAGAGGACCUUCCCGGUCAAAUGUUGUGAAAACACUAAGGGAAUAUUUAGAGGUGGAAUGGGAAGUCAGGAAAGGCAGCAAAAGAAGCUUUUCCAAAGAUGUCAUGAAAGGUUCCAACCCAAAAGUGCCACAGCAGAACAACUUCAGUGAUUGUGGAGUGUACAUCCUCCAGUAUGUGGAGAGCUUUUUUGAGAAUCCCAUUUUGAGUUUUGAGCUACCAAUGAACUUAACAGACUGGUUUCCACGCCCAAGAAUGAAAACCAAAAGAGAAGAAAUUCGAAAAAUAAUCCUGACGCUCCAGGAACAGCAGAACAAGGACAAGAAGGGACAGAAAGACCCAAAUUCAAUUUUGCAGGAAAAGACAGAACAACUUACCAACAGCAGCUCAGACUGAAUGUUGUAUCUGUUGCAUGUUAGCUCCACAAUCAAAACUGAAACCUACAUUUUUGUCUACCCAGACUAAAGAUUUGGCGUGUUCUCUGCUCAAAGUUACUUGGGAAUGUUUAAUGCCUGUAUAAAUGUGUGUCAUAAAAUGGUUUAAUUCCCACAAAGAUGUGUAUUAAGUGAGUCUGUACAUAUGUUAAUGAGGCCAACUUUUUCAGCAUUUGUAAUUACUUUUUUCCACUUGAUAGGGAGCUUUUGUUAUGUAUUUCUGUUAAUAGAACUUAAAUAGCAACUUCUAAACAUAAAGGAAAUAAAGAAAAUAUAGGAUGAAAUGGUUACCUUUCUAUUUUUCAGUUAAGUUUUAAUGUUACAUUCUUAAGUAACACAUAGGGUCUGAUUUGGUAGUGAGAUAAUUGAUUCAUAUUUUGGCCCUAUUUAGUUGCCCUUUACAAGAUUAUUCUGCUUGCGCUACAAACAAUAAUAUGGGUAAGUGUCUCAAUGUACCAUGGCCUCCAAGAGGGUGAUUCCCAUCCUCCCAGUAUCUAAGUGUAGGCAGUGUCAUAGCUCAUAGAACCGCUUCAGAUUUGGGGGUUUAGAAGAUAUGCAUUGCAAUUACAAUUCCACCCUUGCUUUAGUGGGACAGGCUAGGGAAAGGGGGAGAGUGCUCUUUGACCAGAGGUAGCUCUUCAACCAGUAUUAUAAAAGUGGUUUCAAUGAAGUGAUCUUGAGUGACUCUAUUAAAUCAUAUUUUGUGGAUCCCAAUUGUUGUACAGGUGUAUUUUGAGACUUUCUUCAUUAUAAAAUUGUAUUUUGGUAAGUGUACUUGGAACAGCAGAUUGCCCACAUUACAUUUUCUAUGUUACAAUUCUGAAUGUUACAUUCAUAUGUGCUUUAUCUAAGUAAUGAACAUUUAAAAAGAAAAAAAAAGUGUAUGAUUACUAUUUUUUCUAAUAUCCAUGCAAAAAACCAAAAUACCAGUGUUCAUUGCUUGCUUGUUUGUUCUUGGCUUUAGGUAGCAUCAGACUAAUGUAGGGACGUGCUUGGAUAUUUCCAGUGUAUUUUGAUUUUACAACAAUCUGAAGUGUCAUUGUUGCUUAAACUGCAAAUGUAGCCUUUUAUCCCUGUUCUAGAAGGGCUUUGGCAUUUAAGUGAAGAAAGCAAGAAAAGAUUUGUGCAAGGAUA